GUGCCAAUUAGCCGUAUGAGACAAAAGGAUGAGGCUUUUGCUGCUCACCGUUCAUCCAAGAUAAAACCCUUUUUUUUCUGCAAAAACUGAAAACCAAGAUAUAACACCAGAAAGAAGAAAGAGAGGGGGGAGAGAGGCCUUUCAUUUUGGAGCAAAGAGAACCCAGAAACAACAGGGGAGAUAAUCUUGGAAACAAACCAGAGAGGAAAAAUAAUGGCACUCAGGAUUUGGGCAUCUUCCACUGCCAAUGCUUUAGGCCUCUCUGUUGCUUCCAAAGCUCCAGCCCUGGCGCCUCUGUCCAGAUGCUUCUCCUCUGUUCUGGACGGCUUAAAGUAUGCAAAGUCGCACGAGUGGGUGAAGCAUGAAGGUUCUGUUGCUCUUGUUGGCAUCACAGAUCAUGCUCAGGAUCACUUGGGGGAAGUGGUGUUCGUGGAGUUGCCGGAGGUAGGCGCUGCCGUGAGCCAAGGCGGCAGCUUUGCUAACAUUGAGAGUGUGAAGGCAACCAGCGACGUGAACUCCCCCGUCUCCGGCGAGGUCGUGGAAGUCAACGACAAGCUCGGUGAAGCCCCAGGCCUGGUGAAUUCGAGCCCAUAUGAAGACGGGUGGAUGAUAAAGGUGAAGCCCAGCAACCCAUCGGAGUUGGAAAGCUUGAUGGGCCCAAAGGACUACACAAAAUUCUGCGAGGAAGAAGAUGCUGCUCAUUGAUUUUUCAAGUGCUUUUAUGUAAAAAUUGCAAAAAUUGUCUCCCCCCCUUUUGUUGGACUAACUUGGCAUUUUGCAUUACAAUCUCGACGUGUGUUAUUUUGGAUUCACAAUCACAAGAUAAUAUAACGAAAUAAAUAGUCAUUCCUUUUCUCCCUUUGUGAUUCUUGCACAAUGAACGUCGAUGGGCAUUUCUUUCGUAUAGCACGAUGAGAAAUUUAUCAGUAAGCCCCCACACUAGGUAAAAUAUACUAAAAUCGACCUUCGAUCCUGUUCGUUUCGUAAUCAGACGAUUACUAUUUUGUCGGCGCAAGAGAUUAAUCAACCUUCGGCCCAUUGAAUAAACGCUGUUUGUGGGCCGGCCCAUUUAAUAAACGGUGAUUAAAUAU